CCUUAUCGUGAAAAUUUCUGUGUCAUUUCCAAUACCUCUGGAUUUUCCCACCAGAAAAUUAAGCUAAAAGAAUCAAUCUUUUUCAAAGAAAGAAAUGGCCACAGCCUCUCUCUCUAGUGCAAACACAUUCCUCUCUGUAACAACAUUAAGUUCUUCCCAGAAAGGUAACACCAGGAGACACUUGACCUUUUGCAAAGCACACAGUGACUCAUCAUCAUCAGCAUCUCCAGCUCUGACCAAGAGAGGCCUCUCCAUCAGCUUUGCCACCAGCCUUGUGUUCUCAGUGGUUGGUGGAGGCUGCUUCAGUUCCAAUGCAGCAAUUCUAGAAGCUGAUGAUGAUGUGGAGCUUAUGGAAAGGGUUAAGAAAGAUAGGCAGAAGAGGCUUGAAAAACAGUUGGUCAUCAGCUCUGCCAAAAAAGAAACAGGAGAUCUACAGGAACUGGUGUUCAGGCUGAGCAAAGUAGGCCAGGCCAUCGAUGGUAACGAUUUGUCUACAGCUAGUUCAGUUCUCGGGGAUACAGAUUGGGUUAAGAAGGCCAAUCUGGCUUUGAACAAGCUGAGCUCUAGUCCUGAAGAGCAGACAGAGGUGGAUGCAUUCAAUUCCUCACUAGCUUCAUUGAUAUCAUCAGUUACAAAGAAUGAUGUAGAGUCCUCCAAACUUGCGUUUGUGUCGUCUGCCAGUGCAAUCGAGAAAUGGACAGCAUUAACCGGGCUAGUUGACCAGCUUAAGGGACUUUAAACAGACAGAGGAUUACUUACUUUCAACUAAUUAAUCUUUCUAUGAGAGGAAAACUGUUAAUCAGCCGUCUCCGUUGAGUUUGGGCUACAACAGAUUUCACCAAGCACUACCAAUUUCGAUUGCAUCAUUCUUUAUACAUUGUUUUGAACCGAACUAGUGGAAUUUCUCGUUUUUGUAUACAUUGCUUACCAGCCUGUGCAAAACUUGGCCAUCAUGGGCAGCUGUAAUACCUAUAGAAUCAAAGAGAUCUCUUACUGGUUGUUGCUA